AUGUCAUUGGAUCGACGAGAGCAUCCAACACUGGGUUCAGAUAAAUCCUCAUCACUAUCUCGGUCCGAAGCAGGAACCUAUGAUGUUAUACAGGCGGAAAUACAACAUGCCAAGCGACAUGAAUUGGCAACGGGGCAGGCGGCCAUAGUCAAUACAAAUGGAGCGGUGGGUGGUAGUACCAGUGGAUCAAUGAAUACCGGUGAUAGCGAUGUAGAAGCUAAGAAGAGGAAAUGGCCCACCGAAAAAUCCUAUUUCCUUGCCAAGGAAUUGCUGAUGAGUGAACGGACCUACAAAAAAGAUUUGGAAAUAUUGAAUACAAAUUUCCGCAGAGAGCUAUCCGAGGAUGAUGUAGAAAAUCUACAGCCACUCUUUCAAAUGUUGGAAUCUAUGGCUCAACAUCAUAAUAACUUUUUGCGUGAUCUGGAACAUCGUUUGGUAUUGUGGGAGGGUCGUGGCACUCACGACAGUCAUCGUAUUGGUGAUGUUAUGCUACGCAAUAUGGCUGUCCUGCCGAUCUAUGAUGAAUAUGCUCAAUCCCACGCUGAGAUUUUACAGUGUCUCAACGAUAUGUAUGAAACGGAUAAUCGCUUCCAGCAAAUCUAUAAAGAAUUUGAACAGCAAAAGAUCUGUUAUCUGCCGAUUGGGGAGCUGUUAAUGAAGCCAUUGCAGCGAAUGUUGCACUAUCAAUUGAUAUUGGAAAGACUUUGUGAUUUCUAUACCGAAGAACAUCUGGACUCAACCGACUGUCAGGCUGUCUAUCAGCUGUUAUCCCGCACCACCAAACAGAUACGCGAUCUAAUGCCCGAAUCACUGAAUUUCAUACACCUGUGCGAGCUGCAACGUGACGUACAAGGCUUCGAUAAAUUAGUACAAAGUCAACGUCGCCUCAUACGUCAAGGCUGUCUGCUGAAACACUCCCGCCGUGGUCUCCAACAACGAAUGUUCUUCCUUUUCUCAGAUAUUCUCCUGUAUGGUUGCAAAUCACCCAUUGACCAGUCAUUCCGCAUAUUGGGUCAUGUUCCGGUGCGAUCUCUACUCACCGAAAAUGGUGAACAUAAUUCUUUUUCAAUCUUUGGUGGCCAGUGUGCCAUCACGGUGAGUGCCUGUACGACGGCCGAGAAAACCCUAUGGUUGGCGGAAUUAUCGAAAGCAGCAGCGGAUAUCAAAAAUAAACCUCACACCCAAUUGACUUUGACAAAUUUGAAAAAUUGCAAAAAGGACAAUGUAAUGCCAAGUAAGAAAUGCUUUGUAAAUUACCUUACCUCCCUCUACAUGAAAUUGCAAGUGUUCCGUCAACGUUGCAAUGCUCCGGCAAAUGUUCAAGCCUCAUCCGAAGAAGGUCUCGAUCUGUUAGGUUUAACGAACGGCAAUUCGACGCUGACCGCCCAACAACUACUGCAACAGCAACAACAGGCACAGCAGCAAAACAAAACACCACCAUCAAGAAGCAAUACGGCCACACACGUAUGUUGGCAUCGUGGCGCUACCGUCGGUUUGGGCGAUCAUCUCAUCUCGGCCGAAAAUCAACUUUCCGGUUAUUUGUUGCGUAAAUUUAAAAAUUCCAGCGGUUGGCAAAAACUGUGGGUUGUCUUCACCUCAUUCUGUUUGUAUUUCUAUAAGUCGUAUCAAGAUGAGGUGGCAUUGGCCAGUUUGCCGCUAUUGGGUUAUACAGUCGGUCCACCGGGCGUUCAAGAUGCUGUCCAAAAAGAAUUCGUAUUCAAGUUGUCAUUUAAAAAUCAUGUGUAUUUCUUUAGGGCCGAAAGUAUACACACCUAUAAUAGAUGGUUAGAAGUGCUGCGCAGUACCACCCAGACUCAAGAUUUCAAAAACAUUCACGCCUCCGGCCAUCAUUAA